AUGGUGCGCGCCCAUGGAACCUCGCGCCGUAGCCGAUAUAGCUGUGGAGUAGCCCUGCUGCUAGCACAGUGUGCGUGGCCUCUGAGUUUCGUGGGCCGGACGGGACUUCGAGCAACCGCAGGCGCCACAGCGAGUGCAGAUGUCACCUACAAGGAGGAGCUGCAGAACCUGUGUGAUGAGUUUCGAAGCAAGCAGGAGGAGAUGUGGGAGACGAUGGACGAGCAGGAGAAGGCCGAGAAGAAGUCUGGCAAGCGCAAAGCCAAGUCCAAAGCAUCGCUUCUCGAGGCGGAGAGCUUCGCAGCACAGCGGGUUCAGCUUGGUGAUGAGCUUGACGCCUUACGGAAUAGCACUAUCGAGGCCAUCGAGCGUGUAGCCGCAAAGAAUCCCACCAGCGCUCCUUUGAAAGGCUGGAGAGGCUACGGCGGUGAGGAUCCGAAGAAUUGCGUCCUCAACGGGACCUGGAAGUUGAUCUUCACGGAUGCCGCAGAUGCGACUUUCAAGAAGAGCAAGCGGGGGUCAGCCAAGACAUUCCAGGAAAUCGAUGCCAAGGAGGGUUGGUUCAUCAAUUGCGUCGACUUCUCCAACCCCGAUAGCAAGCUACAAGGCUUCCGCGUUUUCGUGGAGGGCAAGGCCUUGAACGACUCCGAAGUGGAGCUGAUCUUCAGGAAGGUCCGGCUCUUGAGGCGUUCACGCUUCUUUCCCGAGAUCACUAUCCCCCUUCCAGGCCCUGGAUUCCUUCGGAAAGUAGGCCGGCUUUUUGCCCGGCGCAAGGGUGGCGAAGUGAAUCCAAGCGACCGUGGGGCAGGAUUCCAGCUGCUUUAUGUGGAUGAAGAUCUACGGAUCCACCGAACCUUCGAUGGUCUUUACUUUGUUCAGAAGCGCCUGGCUUGA